ACGUAAGGGGAGGGAAUAAGACACGUGUUGUCUCGGUUAUCUUUCUUGUAGUCCAAGGUUCAAAGGUAUCAAAGGCAGUGAAAAGGGAAAGCACUCUUGCUAUUAUGGCGGCUCGAGGAGAUGUUGAUCUUGUUGGGGCAGUCGACCAAGGGACUAGUAGCUCCAGAUUUUUGAUCUUCAACAGUCGUACUGCGGAGCUUGUUACCUAUCAUCAGACGGAAAUAAGACACUUUUAUCCACGUGAAGGAUGGGUUGAGGUGGAUCCUCUUGAAAUCCUGGAGUCUGUUAAUACGUGCAUUAACAGUGCUAUCAAAAAUUUAGCAGAACUUGGGCGGGGUAUAGCAGACAUCAGAUGUAUUGGCAUCACAAAUCAAAGAGAGACUACAUUGGUGUGGGACAAACUAACUGGUGAACCACUGCAUAAUGCCAUAGUUUGGUUGGACUUGAGGACAUCAUCCACAGUGAAAAAGCUGCUACAGAAAGCUCCUCAGCAGGAUAAAGACUAUCUCAGGCCUUACUGCGGUCUUCCUAUUACUACAUACUUCAGUGCUGUCAAACUCUGUUGGCUUCUGGAGAACAGUGAAAAAGUGCAGGAGGCUAUCAGAGAUGGGAGAUGUUUGUUUGGCACCGUUGAUUCAUGGCUAUUGUGGAAUCUUACAGGAGGAACUAAAGGAGGUUGUCACAUGACUGAUGUGACCAAUGCAAGUCGAACAAUGCUUAUGAAUAUUAAUACACUUUGCUGGGAUGACUUUCUUUGCAGUUUUUUUGACAUUCCAAAGAGUAUACUACCUGAAAUCAGGAGUUCUUCAGAAAUCUAUGGCAAAGUGGCCAUAGGCUCACUAACUGGUGUGCCCAUAUCAGGGAUCCUGGGGGACCAACAGGCAGCUCUAGUUGGACAGACAUGUUUUAGACUAGGACAGGCUAAAAACACGUAUGGCACUGGCUGUUUUCUUCUUUACAACACAGGAACUCAGCCAGUGGAGUCCAAAACAGGUCUUCUAACAACAGUUGCCUACAAACUGGGUCCCAACAAGCCAACAGUGUAUGCGCUGGAGGGUGCUAUUGCAGUGACUGGAGCAUGUGUGCGGUGGUUACGUGACAACCUGGGUAUCAUCAGUAGUUCAGCUGAAGUUGAGACUUUAGCUCAGCAAGUAGAUGGCACACAUGGCUGUUACUUUGUUCCAGCCUUCUCUGGGCUUUUUUGCCCAUAUUGGCAAGACAGUGCCCGUGGAAUAAUUUGCGGCCUGUCGCAGUUCACAACCAAACACCACAUUGCACGAGCUGCCUUGGAGGCUGUUUGCUUUCAGACUAAAGAGCUAUUAGAGGCCAUGAACCAGGACAGCGGGAUUCCACUGACAUCUCUGCAAGUGGAUGGCGGCAUGACUGCCAACAGCCUUUUGAUGCAACUGCAAGCAGACAUCCUGCAAAUCAGAGUUGUACGACCAUCAAUGCCAGAGACAACAGCUCUAGGUGCAGCCAUGGCUGCAGGUUUUGCAGAUGGUAUUCAGGUGUGGGAUUUAGUGAAAGGAGAUGUUGCCAAAAUCACCACAGAUGUUUUUUACCCCUCCAUCCCAUCAUCAGAAUGUGAAGCUAAAUACAAGAGGUGGAAAAUGGCAGUUGAGAAGUCAUUGAACUGGGAGGAUAACGGCCCUCCUGAAGUAUGCACAGAGACACAAGAGUAGAGGAAAAAGGCAGGAAGGGAUAGAGAUUGAGUGAGAGGAAGAGAUGGCGAGGACAUCACAGCUCCUACUCUUUGUGUUCAUAGCAAUAGAUCAGUGUAUGGUUUCCACCAUAAAUUACAUAAGUCUGUCAUUACUUAUUAUGCUGUUAUAGCUUUCUAAAUUAUGUCUAUACAUUUAAAAAAUAACAUUGUACAUGGUGUGGUAUGUUUUUCUGUUUGCUUAAAUAUAGUUUUUUGCUUGAUGAUUUAACGCUCUUUUAACAAUUCAGAUUAUUUUAAAAUACUUUGUCCUUUCUUACUGCAUGUUUGCUAUUCAUUUAUUUGCAACUUCUUUUCUUGCCAAGAGUGUCUAUUACCACCUUUUCGAAGUUAUUUUUAGUUGUUAGCAUUCAUAUGGUUUGAGCCAUCAUGUUCAUAAGUAAAGCAUGUCUCUCGUUUUAGACUCACAUUAUUUUGCUAUUAUUUGGCUUGCCUUUGAAUUACAGUACUUUAUGUCCAUUUGGUUUGCCACUGAAAUACAAUACUGUAUAGCAAUUUAGUUUCCUUUGAAAUACAGUACUGUGUAUCCAUUUGGUUUGCCUUUCAAAUACAGUAAUGUAUAUCAAUUUGAUUUCCUUCAAAAUACAAGGCUGUUUAUCCAUUUGGUUUGUCUUUGAAAAACAGUCCUUUUGCCUUUGAAAUGCAGUACUGUAUUUUACAUUUUGUUUGCAUUUCCAAUGCAUACUGUAAACCCAUUUGGUUUGCCUUAAAAAGACAGACUGUAUAUCGAUUUAGCUUGCCUUGGAAAUACAGUGCGACUUACACUAGCUCAUAUUUUUUUUUAUGUUCAGCUUGUUUUUGACAGUUUCUUAAGCUUACAAAAGAAUAUUCUUUGAGCGAAAUGCCUUUUCUCUCUUCUCUGUGGUCAUAUAGUUAGCAGUACGGAGGGCUUCUGGAAGACACUGGCUGGGGGCUUGUUCCUGUGGUCAAGCUUUGGGAUUUUUGUGUAUGCACAGCUCCGACUUGCAAGAUGACAUCCUGGCAUGCCUAGGCCACAUUUUUAUCAGCAUAUGUCUCACUCCAUUCCAAGAUAUGUUGGGCAGAACAGAAAUGCAUGUGAGAGAGAGAGCAUUGACAUCUGUCUGCAUGCCUGAUUGUAAUUCCAAAAUUAUGCUUUAAAAAUGUGCUAUAAUUUCUUUUUCUUUUAGUUUUAGCGUGUUGAGUCUGGCAGAUUUAUUGCAUGAUGACUCUUGCAGUGUACUAGCUGGCAGACAAGUUCCAUGUGGGAUCAGCAUUGUUACGUUUGUUGCAUUGUUAUCUCACUAAUUUGAGACCUCUGAACUGACUCUGAUAAACAGUCUUUCCCAAUCAUGUUUCACCAAGAAACUAGCUAUUGUUCAACUAAUUUCUAUACAUAUUAUUUUUUGUCCUUUUUUACAUGAACAAAGAGGUUGUGUCAAACCAGAUUUUUAGUCACCUCUGUUUCUUUGUGAGCUGGAAGUAAAUGCCAAAACCCAUCAGCCAUUUUGAACCAUACCGCAUGUUAUUUUGUGUGCAGUUUAAUCAUAAACAGCAUUAUUGCCAUUUGCAGCCAUCCAAAAAAGAAUUAUACAAGCAUAAGAGAAAGUCUACAAUAAACUUGAUCCCAAAGAAAGUACAGUUCAGGACAAAUGUUGCACUAGUACCAUAACCCAGAAAGUUUUUAAACAUUUUAUAAAUGUUUACAAAUGGUUGAGAACCCUGAAACGUAAACAUUGAUAAAAUGUUUAAAUGCUAUCAAGGAAGUAGUUAUUUAUUAGUGUUCUGUGAAUGUGUGCUACUGGUCCUAUGCAUUAUGAAAUCUUUGUUUUAUAAUGAUUGCAUGUCGGCUGGCAACACCUUUUGCAAAAUCUUUUCACACAUUUGAUACGCAUUUGAUCUGAAAAAUUGACUUACUAACAAUAUUUUCACAGGGUUUUGCUUAAUACGGAUAACUUCCAAUUGUUUGGGAUUCUCACUCAAAGCAGAACAUUCCAGCUAUUACUUCUCAAAAACUCCUGUAGUGUUGUCAGUUUGGAUAUGUGUAUGGUUGAUUUUAGGGGCAGAUCUUACCAAAUGCUGAAAAUAAAGUCUAGCUGGCUGGCAUACAGAACUUUUGUCUUUAAUCUUGUAACAUUUACUGGGAAUUAAGGGCUAAUUUCACUGCAGCAUUCACUGUUUGCAACCAAAGUAAUUCUUGUGUCUGGAACUGACUGAAGCAUAAUGAAAGAUUUGAAUGCCUAAUAAAAGUUUUCUAAAAUUUUUGAUGAUAGUGCUUACUGAGACUUAAAUUAACAUUGUCACCUUGUGAAAACAUAAACAUAUGUUAGUAAGUAUGCUAGUAAAUAUGAAAAUAUAUUUUGGCAUUAAGCAUAUCACUUAUGACCAUUAAAAUCUUUUAAACUUUGUUGUCUGUGAUUCGCUAUGGAAACUUCUUGCCCUCAUAAUUUCUUCAUGUUUCUCUCCCCAGUGUCUAUGAAAUUAUGAAUCACAGUUCGUUGAAAUAAUUGUUUAUAGUAUUCUCUUCUGAAAUGUGGUUGGCUUAACAACUUUUAUGCCAUUACAUCCUGCUGUUUACAUUUGUCCUGGGUUGUGCAUCAGCUACAAAUGCUAUGUUUUCAAAACAUUUGGUUCUAUAUUUCAUGUUCUUUAAUGAGCCAAAUUUGGCUUUGUGGAAAAAAUGUAUUUUAAGUUUUGGUUUGUGAUCUUUUUUAUGUUUACUCAGGAAAUGUAUUUUGUAUCUUAAUUAUUUUUGUUAAAAAAAUGUAUGUAUGAUGGAGUCUCUAAUUCAGUAUUGUGAAAGACAGAUUUCUAGCUGUCUCAGGCCUCUAUCACACUGUGUCACUUUACCAGUCUUAUCACUGUCCUCACAAAUAUCAUGACCAUGACUUCCUGACCUCUGUAGUAUUAAUGGGUAUUUUUUCCUAAGCAGCUGAGGCAAACAACAGUUAAAGCAGACUCCAAGUGAGUCAAAAUCUGUACAAAUUAACGUCUUAACAUUCUUUGAAGUUAACUGAAAACUAGGCAGUUGAACUCUUUGUAUGUACGCACAAUCCUUCAGUUGUUAAAACAGUUAUAUUUAUGAAAAAUGGAGCUGAAAUGUGAGAGGCACUCAUAUAGCAGACAUUCUUGCAAAACUGCAUGAGCAGUGCCUUAGAGCUUUGUACAUUAACCUGUAAACAUCUCAUUGUUGCCAUAGAAACAAUGAAAGGAAUGUUUUGUAUGCAGCCAUAAUAUCAACUUUUCUAAAAUUUGCUGAAAUGAGCAAGUCCAGUUUUAAAGAAAACAGUUCCUAUAUUUUUCAGUGCCAGUAGUCUGCUUAUUACAGAGGUUUACCAGAAAAACGGAAUAUUUGUAAUGUGCGGUCCGCUCCCUUCCAUAAUGUUUGUUAUAAAUAACACACCGACUUUUUCCUCUUAAUCUUCAAAGCUUUUUAUUUUAUUCAACAUCCACUUAGAUUUCUUUGAAAAGUAACAGAGUAGACUAGUAUGCCUAUUAAGGACCAGGUGUAACAUUUAUUUUAUUUAUGAACAUUGCUGUUCCAUCAACAGAAGAUGUCAGAAAAAAUUAUGAUUCCAACAGUUUCACCUUACCAUGUUGCCAAUGAAUCAAGGAUAUGAGAACGGUAUUUUUGAAGAAUGUGCAAAGUGGGAAUAUCAAAACCUUUCUGAGUUUGUUAUUGCAUAUAACCAACGAAUAUUACUACUUGAUAUGAGAAGAAAGUGUAAGGGUUUUAUAAAACAUAAAGGGCUUUUGGCUUCUAAGUAAGAAAGUGAUUACUACAGUUACAUGAUGUGGGGAUGAGCACAUAUUAUGCAUGGAAAAGUGAUUGUUCACUUAUUGCAAUGUAUGGACUCAACAGUUACUUUGAGGGUGCUAUGUAUUUGUACAUGUGUGUCCACAUGUAUGAAAGAGAAAGAAAAUCCAUACUUGCAACAAUUUCAUCAUUCAUACAUGAGCAAAUGUUGCCAUUAAACUCUUGGUGUACAAGUCCUUUAAAAGCACAUUCGAUCCUAGCCUAAAAAAUCCAUUUUGAAAAGUUUUAAAGUAUUUUGACAGCAUGUCUGUGAUGUUCUCUUCACCUGUGGUACAAUACACUUAGGCUGCCCCCAGAAGCAUUGUGGGAAGUAGGACUGGAAUUGUUUGUACAUGCAUGUUGUGUACUUGUUUACACAUGUGUAUGUAAUGGAUGUAUUUAUCUUUUGUUGCUACUUUUCUACAUGUGUGGACCAACAGUACUUAUUUUGAUUUUUUUUUAGUUUUCUUUGUUUUCUUCUAAUUUCUUGGACUUUGUGAUACAGAAGUUUAUUUGAAGAAUCUGAAUUCAAAAGGCACAAAAUAUAUAAAAUCUUAUGAAUAUAUUGUUCAUAAAAUUC